GUUGCAUGAGAGCAUACGAUGGACAGAUAAAGAGACGCGGUUUGUUUAGUUAGGAGGGCAAAAAUAAUAAACAGGAAGACAGCAGGAUCUGGAAAGUCUCUUCUCUCUGCUUCCCCUCCCUCCUUUCUGUGUUAUAUAACUCCACAUUGACAGGAGGCUCAUUUCCUCGCCUGCACUCCUUCACAGAGGUGGUCUUUUCCCUUUUCUCCGGCAUCUGUGUGUUUUACGGCAUAUUACAAUGAGUGUGAGGCUCAUGGUUGUUCUAGCUGUGUUAACUGGGGUAACUGGGAGCCCUAAUGUGACGAUGAGACCUGAAGAUGACUCAGCGGACAUGUCGGCUCAUCCCAACAGCGUCCCAGAGACGAUGGAGCAAACGGACAUCGCCGGACAGCAGGAAGAAGAGGAGCCAGAGGAGUAUGUAAUGGCAACUGGAGAGCUGAAUCCCAAUCACUACCCUGCUCGCAGGGCGGCCCAAGUGGUCCAACACUACCUCAACACCCGCUACGGCUCUCCAUACAGGCUGUUUCAUGUGGAGAGGGUCUACAGUGGAAACGCAGAGGAUGUGGGAGACUCUGGAAGAAAGUAUCAGCUGGAGAUCUCAGUGCAGGAGACGGCCAGCAAUGCUACAGAGAAAUGCUCUGCAGACAUUUUCUUUCCGAGAGGAGAGCAGCACUCGCCCGAGGUCCAGGCCUCGUGUGUGGAGCUCCUUAAAAACGACACCAAAGUUCAAGAAGAAGCUUUGUACCAACAGUAUAAGAUGAACCAAACCCUGCUGACAGCACAUCAUCUACCUGAUAGCCACGGUAACAUGGAGCCCGACAUGAAGCCUUUCUGGCACCUCGGCAUCGUGGCCUCCAGCUUCGUCAUGCUGGGAGAAUCCACUGAAAACACACUGUACAACAUGGCUCAGGUGGCCAAUGUCACGCAGCUGCCGACUGAGAACGACCAGCUGAAGUUUGACUAUCACAUACUGCUGCAUGAUAUGGUGUCCCAGGAAAUCAUUCACUGGAAACUGCUGUUCACCUGGUCCCCUGCAGAGGGAGUUCACAUGCUCAAGAUGGACCAGCUGCCGCACUGCCAUGAUUGUGACAAACCUCCAAACACAAACUAAACUGCUGACCUUCAUCGCACUCUGCCAUUACAACCAAAACAACAUCUUGAUGCUCACCAUCUUGUAUUCAGCUAUUGCAGCAUAAAUGCUGCAAACUAAGCCAUGGUCUGCUGUCUGUGGAACGCAUCAUUUAUCGUGAUGAUAUCCGUAUGUGGUGCUAUUGUAUAUUAGCCAAAAUAAACUGUUUAUACAGAC